AUGGCAAAUACUGAAAAAGUUGGAACAUGGCUUGCAUUGGAAUCUAACCCGGAAACGUUAUCAUCAUUUAUAAUGCGACUUGGUAUCAAAAAUGCAGCUGUAACAGAUGUUUAUGGUUUUGAUGAAAGUCUUAUUGAAUUUAUACCAAGACCUCAUCAUGCUUUAAUAGUUUGCUUACCAGACUACGAUUUAUGUAAUAAAAUUUUAUCUGAAAAAUAUAAUAAAUUGAUUGAGGAAGGUAAAAAUGUAUAUCCUGAAGAUCAAGUAUUUUUUAUGCAACAAAAAAUUUCAAAUGCUUGUGGAACAUUUGCUCUUUUUCAUGCUUUAGCAAACUCUCCAUUAAUUGACAAAGGAACAGGUUCUUUUGCACAAUGGUUGGAGAAGGCAAAACAAUUACCAAUGGAUGAGAGAUCAAAAAGUUUAUUUAAUGAUCCAGCUAUUUCAGAAGCACAUGAAGAAUGUGCUAAAGAAGGUGAGACUGAUGUUCCUGAGGAGAAUAAGGUAGAACAUCAUUUCAUGUCUUAUGUUAAUGUUGAUGGUAUUUUAUAUGAAUUUGAUUCUACCCAACGUUUUCCACGAAAUUGUGGUGAAACAAGUGAAGCAACAUUUAUAAUGGAUACUGGAAAAGAGCUAAAACCACUAUUAGACAAACUUAAUAAUAUUUCUUUUAGUGCUAUGGCUUUAAUAAGCGAAUAUUAA